CCUCGACGUGAUCUUCUUGCUAGUUCUGAUAGCUCUGAGGCUGCAGUACAACUAGUAGUACAAGUACGAGGUGGUAGGAUUUUAGCUCCGCUUCCGCACUCCAGCCACUCGCCUCGUAAUACUAAGAGCGAAAGAGAGAUUGUUGAUCGCGCAUUGCGCCGAUUGGAUGACAGGCAGCACGAAUUGGAAUCAGCACGUAAGAAACUGAAAGAAGAAGAGGAAGAGCACCAAGGAGAUCAACGACCUGCAGAGAAUGCGACUGGUGCAAGCGGUAUACAACGACCUCAAGAGCCUUUUGCUUGUACCGGCACAGCCGCUGCAUCUUCAACCUCUAUCGGAAUCAGC